CACCACCGCAUGACUCAGCCUCACGGCCGAAGAUGGCCCGCCGCCACCUUUUCACCUUUAAGGCGUGGUGACCCGACGUUUUCGUGAUGACCUCCCCCAACAUCGGCCCGCUUGCCACCUUACAUCAUCGAGGGGGGAAACCGCUUACGCUUGCCAUUUCUGACUGCUUCAUCUUUGGAGUCUUGCAUUUGUAUCUAAGGCAUCGGUUAUUGUCCGCUUCUCGUUCCAUUUCCCAUCCGCCUCUUAUCCUCUCUCUAUAGCAUCAUAGCGCUCAGUUCGGCUAGAAAUAACCCCUCCUCCAGCAAACCCAAUCCGCUGCACAAAACUUUACUCAUCCAACCCGGCCAGCCAUCUCGUGAUUUACCAGUGCUUUCUGGUAAAUCUUUAUCUCUUACCUGCACAGUCGCCAAAAUUCCUCCCUCGGGCUUGAAGCGAAAGGCGACCGAGGCGUCGAUUACAUCACAGGACGAACUCCAUCUACCGAACAAGAAGCUCGCCGCCUCGCCUGCUGCCUUGGUCGCGCCGAUAACUCCUCCUACACCACCGAUUACAAAUAACGAUACCGGUAUGGAUUCAGAGGAAGAUUUUUCCCAAAUGUCGAGCGACGACGAGAUCAUGCUCGACAGUGGCGAGGAGCUUGAUCUCUCUGGAGCCGAUGAUUUCGAUGACGCCGAUUUUGACGAUGCCGAUUUCGAUGAACCGGACCCUGAUUUCGGGCUCUCUCCGAAAGAUGUCAACAAAACCAAGACACCCGCGCACGUGGUGCCCUUUAAAGUUUACGAGCCGGUCGAUAUCCAAAGCCAACAGGACGACAUGAUCAACGAAGUAAACAUGAUUCUCGACAUGAGAAAAGAAGAUGCCGCUAUAAUGUUGCGUCACUUCCGUUGGAAUAAGGAGCGCUUGCUAGAAGAUUACAUGGAUCGACCAGAAAAGGUACUUGAAGCCGCAGGGUUAAGCAGCAACACGUCUAGCUUGCCUAAACUAGAGGCGAUUCCUGGUUUCAUGUGCGAUAUUUGCUGCGAAGACGAAGAGGGUCUGCAGUCGUUCGCGUUAAAGUGUGGUCACAGAUACUGUGUCGACUGCUACCGCCAAUAUCUAACGCAGAAAAUUCGGGAUGAGGGAGAAGCUGCUAGAAUUCAGUGCCCAUCUAGUAACUGUGCCCUGAUUUUAGACUCUAGAUCUCUUGAUCUAUUGGUUACCGACGAUUUGACCGGUCGUUACCACGAGCUCCUAAACCGCACAUAUGUUGAAGAUAAGGACACGUUCAAGUGGUGUCCUGCCCCGGACUGCCCGAAUGCCGUGGAAUGCGGUGUCAAGAAGAAGGACCUUGAUCGAAUUGUUCCCAGCGUAGAGUGCGUCUGUGGAGAACGCUUCUGCUUCGGUUGUCCAAACCCGGACCACCAGCCCGCACCGUGCGCUUUGGUCAAGAAGUGGUUGAAGAAGUGUGCUGAUGAUUCCGAAACCGCCAACUGGAUCUCGGCAAACACUAAGGAGUGCCCGCAGUGCCAGUCGACUAUUGAAAAGAACGGCGGUUGCAACCACAUGACGUGCCGAAAAUGCAAGUACGAGUUCUGCUGGAUGUGUAUGGGUCUCUGGUCAGAGCACGGAACGAGCUGGUAUAGUUGCAACAGGUUCGAAGAGAAGAGCGGUUCCGAGGCCCGAGAUGCGCAAGCAAAAUCAAGAGUAUCCCUCGAGCGAUACUUGCAUUAUUACAACCGAUAUGCCAAUCACGAACAGUCAGCCCGACUUGACAAAGAUAUCGCCAAUAAGACUGAGCGAAAAAUGGUCCAGCUGCAGUCCAGCUCUGGCAUGUCAUGGAUCGAGGUCCAGUACCUCAAUUCUGCCUCCCAGGCUCUCCAAACCUGCCGUCAGACUCUCAAGUGGACAUAUGCAUUCGCCUUUUAUCUCGCAAAGAACAACCUUACAUCCAUCUUUGAAGAUAACCAACGGGAUCUGGAGAUGGCUGUCGAAAACCUGUCCGAGAUGUUUGAGAAGCCAAUCGAAGAGCUCUCAAACGCGAAGCUCAAGGUUGACAUUAUGGACAAGACAUCUUACUGCACAAAGCGACGAUUGAUCCUACUCGACGACACGGCUGACAAUCUUGCUCAUGUUAAAUGGACGUUUAAUGAUGAUCUCACAGCGCCAGCUGCUCCUACUGUGCCAGCAGUUAAGCAAUAGAGAAUGCGGCAUUUCAAACUCCAAAUACAGCUUAAAGAAGGCAUUUGAUAUAGAAGAGAUGCUUGGCUUUUCGGCUUACUCGGUAUUCUGGUUCCUUUUCGAACCCUUUCUUUUCCUUUUGUUGAGCACAAGACUCAUUGGGACGCGGCGCUAUCAUUGGUAUUUUAUCAUCACCAACCCCCAUCUUUUCUCCUUUUUUGUACUUUUGGUCGUCGCGGACGAGCCUAUGAUGAUUAUGAAAGACGUUGUAGACGAUAGGCAGCAGCAGGUGUUGGGGCGCUCUGGCAUUUUACAUAACGAAUACAUACAUAUAUAUACAUACUAUUAACCAGUACUGGGAAUAUGUGAUUAUGAAGGGCAGAAAGGAUAGAAUCAAUCAAGCUGAAAUGUAUUGUAUGACAAUGCUACACCGUGGUAUUAUACUAAUAUUUUCCUACACGCCCAAAAACGCCCAUAAUGUAAUAACAAGAUAAAAAACGCCAAACCAUGCCCAACAUAAUCCAUACCAGUAAAUGCCGCUUUCAGUUCUACAAAUUCCAAAACACGCAUAUCAAUUUUCAUGACGAAUAUACAAAUCGUCCCAGGUCAAGUUUCCUGCCAGGAAGGACCUCCUCGCUCUCAUCCUCGCUCUCUUCAGCCAUCAUAUCUUCACUGCCCUUGUGCAAAGCCUCGACCUCGUCCAAGUCCACUCGAGGGAGCGGCACAAAAGAUGGGUUUACUGGGAGGCCGGCAAACGACUUCUUCUGUGGCAUAGGUCGGGGAGCAGGGGACACGCCAAAUGCAUUGGCACUGAGACGCUGCAAGGGUGUCAUCCGCGAGCGUGCAGUCGAUGGCGCGGUUGAUGGAGUCGCCAUGACGCUGAAGACGGACGAUUGUGCGGACACGGGAGUAGCAGAUUGGCGGGAGGCAGAGUAUGUGAAGCGGUUAACAGAGAGGGGGGCUGGCGUAGAGAGUGAUUGUGAGAGAAUAGCCUUUGUAGCCUUGGGGGGAGGCAUGGCCUCAAAGGAUGAAUCUGGGGUGGAGGUGUGUUCCAAGUCUUUAGCCAAGUCGGAUGAGCUAGACACUGUUGUGGCAAUGGACUCCUGAGUGUCCGUUUGCGAGUCGUCCUUGGCCUUGUCUUCAAAGAUGGCGAUGCUCUUCUUGGGUAGUUUACUUGGCGUCCACGAGUCCAAGUCGGGCAUGGCAAGAAGUGCCUCUUCGACAGAGUCAUCUGAGAGUAGGUAUGCCUCGCUCUUGGAUCUUCUCGGGCUCACUCUCGUCUUGGGGAAGAACUUGCUCUUCUUGGGAGAGUCAUCCGUUGCAUCUGCUUCGUCGCACAGACGCGCCUUCUUCUGAGGUCGAGCUUGAGGCUCCGAUUUUGGUGUCGUGAUCGAGGGUCGAGAGACAGACUGGCGAGGCUCCGCGGGGCUGCUAGCAGCCUUUGCAAACAGCUCUGCGAUAGCUACAGGUUCGGUCCGACGUCGAUUCAGACGAGGAGAGGUGCGACGACCAGCCAGAUUAGUAGCCUCAAUGUAAGGACGAGGCAGUGGGAAGACUCGAGGCACACGUCCACCGUCUGUGAGCUGGGCAACACGCUGCGGGUCAGCGGAGAAGCAGUUGGGGUCCAUUGAACCCAUUGGAAUUCUGCCGUGGUUUUUGAAGUAUGAGUUGAUGGGCUUGCGAAUCUGCUCGGUAGAGGAUGGCAACUUUGUUGGUGUAAAUCGUCGCUUUGAAGGUGUAAUCUGAGUGAUAAUAGGCUGCUUGGUAAUGGGGUUAUAGUCGCCAUUGGCGAUUGCUCUAGCUAGCUUUGGCUCGACGUAGGCUCCGAUGAAUGGCAUCUCAGCUGCUGUUCGUGUACCGUCGAGCUCAGUAAGAUGAACAAGCUCCUUUUUCUCGGGGCAGAAUACCCAUUGGUGUAAAAAUGUCAGCUCUGCUUGGUAAAACUGUGUGAGAUAGUUUUCUGAAACACGCUUGCCAUCAAACUGCAUCAUCUUGACAACGCGCUCUGGAGUUUUGGAUUUUCGGAGCAUCCGGUAGGCUGUCUUCAGUCCAACGCCAGGAAGGCCAUUAAGGUAGUCACAUCCGCUCAUGAUGGCCAUGUGACGGAAGUCGGCAUCCGACCAUCCUGUUAGCGAUACCUCGCGAACUGCACAGAAGUCGCGACGGUUGAUUUCAAUGCAGUUACCAACUUGAUCCAAUUUUGUGAGCAGACGCUUAGCUCCAAAAACCAGCAAGUCAGAGUCGUCGGAAAGAAUACCAUCGAUAAGCCCCUUUCGUUCAAGAUAUACCAAUUGAGCAUCGGCUUCGUAUGGGGCGACGACAUAGGGGAUGUCGAGCUUCUUGAGCUCCUGAAUAAGAGCAGAAGCCAUUUCGGGAGUGAUAUCGACGCACUUUUGAAAUUCUUGGGUCGCUGCGCUAUGCUUGCCAGCCUUCAUCAAGUCAUCGGCCAGCUUCUUCUUUUCGUCACGCUUCUUGGCUCUCGAUUCUUCGGUGGCGGCUUUGCUAGGGAGGUAGUCGCCGUCAAAUACCAUGUAG